AUGGAGGAGGAGAAAGAAGAGGAGGAGAAGGAGGACGAGGGGGAGAGGGAGAGCGGGGACGAGGAGGACGAGGAUCCUGAGGUGUUUCAGGUGUGCAUGAGUCUCGGCAACGACAGCAACUGGUUUGUGGUUGGAACGUCUAGAGGCUACCUCCUCGUGUACGACAUGCGAUUCCAGCUGGACGUGCAGUGGUGGAGACAUCCGUGUCAGGGAGAGAUCCACACGGUCGCGCAGUACCAGAAGCUGAAUGCAGCCUGGAGCUCUGGUGGUCCCCACAUCGUCUCAGCUGGAGGGAGGAACCAGGGUUCGGAACCCAGCGAUGACUUCGGUCUGCGGGAACUUGACGAUCUCUCGCUACCAGAAGAGGGCGUGCGAGCUGUGCUGUCCUCCCCUGAUGGAUCCUACUUGCUGUCUGGAGGCAGGAUAUAUGGAAAGUGGGGAGGGCAGGGGAGGAGGUAUAGUAUGAGUGGGGUUGGAGGUUUGCGAGGAGGAGACAAGGAGGAGGGAGAGGAGAAGAGGGUGAAGGAGCUGACUGGUGCAGGGGGAGACAUCGGUAUACAGCAGCGAGACCAUACGUGGAGCAGGAGGGGAGGUGAGUUUGACAUCCUGCUGGACAAGGUGCGGCAUAUCGUAGAACGUCGGAUCCCAAGCACUUCAGCUGGGAAUGUCGGGCUGAAAGUCCGAGCUCCCUUUGCCGGCUCAGACGCUCGAGACGGUCUCAGCUGGGGAGCACGAGGAGCUCUCGCGCCUCCAGCAGAGGAGCACGACGACACGGUUUCUCAGCUCGCCUUCCUCAGGUCCCGGCAUGGCAGUCGCAUCCUCUCUUCAGGUUGGGACGGGAGUGUCAAGGUCUGGGCAUGA